AUGGCGGCGAAGGUAGGAGUAGUAGUGGUAGAUAAUAAUAAUAAUAAUAAUAAUUGUGGGCACGAGGACGGCAACAAGGCUUUUGCGAGGCUGCUGUCCAGGGAACGGCGGCCGUGCAACUCCGGCGGCGGCGGCGGCGGGGAGGCGUCGUUCCGGGUGUUGUACUAUGGCGGCACCGUCGGCGCCGUGCCCUUCUUUUGGGAGUCUCAGCCGGGUACGCCCAAGCAGUCAUUCAGCGACGACGCACUCCCGCCGCUCACUCCGCCGCCGUCCUUCCGGCCGGCGACAGUCUCCCAGAAAAAGCAGCGCGGGGGCGGCGGCAAGUUCUUCAUUUCCGUGUUCCUGAAGAAAAGCAGCAGAAGCCCUACCCCUACCCCUACCCCUAACUCGACGCUGUGCUUCGGCUCGUCGCCGGUGAAGACAGUGAAGAAGAUAACAUGCUGCAGGGGAUGAUUAACGUCGACAGGUAGGACACUGAGUUCUGACGUCAUAUUUUGUCAGGAUUUGAUUUCAACC